AUGCAUUUUCUCAAACGCGAACUAUUAUUAAGCAUUGAUCGAGCUUGUCGAGUGAUGUUGUAUAUGAAACAAGGAAAUACAUAUGGUUAUCAAAACGUCAACAAUUCAAAUUUAAAAACAAAUGGUUUGUCUGGAAAUCAGUUAUCCUCUCAGAUUAUCAAAAAUGAACAGCAGCAGCAACAACAACAGCGAAAAUCACAAAAAGCAAUGAAGCAUACUUUUGACAGAAAAACAUCGAAUACAAAUAACAAUACGAAUAAUAAUGAUAGAAUAGGCGGAUCAACAAUUUACCAUGUAGAAAAUGAUUUUUCGUCAUUAAACAAUCGUCAGAAAGCCGAGCCAACUAUUCCUAGUCAGUAUGCUGGAAAUUCUAUUAGUUCUCGACAACCAAAAGCAAUGAAAUUUACGACAAAAAAUAAUCUAAACAAUACAUCUUCGAGAUAUGCUACAUCUAGUGAUCAACCACAAACAUAUGUUGAACAAAAAAUUAAAAAUGUGAUUAAAUCAACAAAAGAAAUAACUCAUGAACUCGAUUUAGUGUGUCAGGAUGAACCAUUAACCGAAGCUCAAUUACAUUGUUACCCAACAAGAGCAUAUGAUCCAAAAGCUCCACUACCGUUACCGGCUGUUCGAAAACGUACAUCACUGGUGAAAGAAUUACAAGUUCAAGAUUUAGAAGAAUUAGAUGAUCCUGAUGAAGAUUUUGUACCGAGUGAAUCGUCGGAUGAUGAUGAAAGCUAUGAACCGUAUCAAGAAAGACGAAUAAAUCGAGGUGGUCGUGGAGGAAGACGUGGACGAGGUGGUGGAGGUGGUCGAUUUUUGUUUUCAGCCACAACACAUUUUGUUCGUCCUCAACCAUCUCGUUUUGAUAACAAUCCGUUGUCUCGUUCACAAUUAUUUACUUCAUCACUGAGAUAUUCUUCCACUGGUCGUCGUGGAAAAGGAGGAAACGAUUCACUUGAAAUGGAAUUAGAACGUAGUUAUGCACUAGCUUUACCAAGAUAUUAUGGUGUUAAAAAUGGUCAAGGCAACGAUCCAACUGAUUAUGGAGAUUUUCGAGUUAAAUGUUCUGUGUGCGACGAACAAUUUCCGAAUAAUAUAACACUCACUUCACAUAUGUGUUCACAUUUAGAAGAUAUUAAUUAUCUGUGUCCAUUUGAUAAGACGAUGUUACAAUGUCAAGUUUGUCAUGAAGAAUUUUCUACACCGUUUAAAUUGUAUAUGCAUGAAGAUCAAAUGCAUAUGUUACAAAUCAGAGAAUUUCGUUGUCGUAUUUGUGAUCAACAACAUCAUACUCUAAUAGAUUUAUUUGCACAUUUAAAUUUUAUACAUGCAGGAUUAGAAAUGCCGUACUAUUGCGAAUUGUGUGGUUAUCGAACAUCAAUGUAUGACGAUAUGAUACAUCAUAUUCGAGAAACACACAAAAAUACACGCUAUUUUUUCUGCAGUUAUUGUUUAAAAACGAUUCCAUUGCCUGCUAUGCAAUUUUCAAAUUUAUUAAAUGGUGGUGGAGCAUUUCGACAUCUUCUUUUACAUUUCAAUCGUAUUGAAGGAAACAAAACAAAGGAAUCAAAGUUUCGUCAUUGUCGGCGCUGUAUUUUACACGUGAAAUCGAUAAAAGAACAUUUGACGCGUGAUCAUACUGCCAUAGCUGAGAAUAAUAGUAAUAAUACCAACAAUAAUCAAUUUUUAUUACCGCGUACAACACCAUUAUAUUCUGUUGAUAGUUAUGAUGAUAUUCGAAAUACUAAUACAUCGUAUAAUCGUAGUUUUGGUUCUUCGAUGAAAAACGAAGUAGAUGAACGAUCUCAAGUUCCAAUGGCAACUAUUCGACGACGAACAAAUCAUAUAGCAUCACCAUUGCCUAGAAUAUCCCCAAAUACAUCAUCCUAUGAUACCAAAUCUUAUUCAAAUGAAUUCAGUCGUAAACAGUAUUCGUCUUCUACAUCGAUACAAGAUUCAAAAUUGUCAACAAUUAAAGCAGAUGUAAUCUGUUUUGAUUGUCCUUCUGGUACAGCUGAACAAAGACAUACAAGAAAUGGGUAUCGCUGCCGACUAUGUUUUUUUUCAACACAAUGUCCGACUGGAUAUGCAAAACAUUUGACUAGUGUUCAUGCUUCGGUACCGUUAACUGAUCAAGCAGUAAGAAAAACGGCAUUGUCCUGUUUAAUGAAUUGUGUUUGCGGUUACUCAACCUCAAAUGGUGAUUUAAUGGCAAAACAUCUCGAUGAAUGCUUGGCAGCGAGAUGUACGUGUCGAUAUUUUUAA